AUGUGGGCUCAAAGAGAAGCCAGUUCUCAGCCAGGUUCAGAUAUAUAUACAUUUGGAAGAGGUCACAGUCCUUGUCCUUUACGUUUAUCGAGGUUAGUAAUCUCAGGAUUUCCUCAGCAUCAUUUGCCUGAAAAUGAGGAACAUAAGAUUCAAGUAAACAAAAAAUGGAGAAAGGAAAAAUGUGUAGUUACCUUCUUAUCCAAACAUGUUGCUAGAAACUGGAAUGCCACAGCACUCCUGAGCUGCUUACUUCGCCCAUCAGUUCCGAUGAUACUCUCCACUAUUCUCAGGGAAUUAAUGUUGCAAGGAAGUCUUCAUUAA